AUGACUCAGAAAACUCAUAAAGUUGGUAGUUUAGGAGCUGAUAUAUUGGAUGCCACCAAGGGGACUCUAGGUGUUGUUGGAAAUGUGGUUCAACCUUUCUUGCCUCUGAUCACGGCUCUGACUAUUAUAAUUACUGAAACAAUUGAGAUUUACGAAAAUGCCAAGUAUAAUAAAAAUAUCUGUAGCUCUCUAAUGGACCGUGUCAUUGCUGCUGAGGCGGCUAUUAAAACUUUAGAGAGGAGGAAAGAAUAUAACGAGGAGAAUUUUCGUAGCGAAGAAUACUACAAAACUUUCAUACGUUUUGUGGAUGUAAUGACCAAGAUAAAGAGUUACAUUAAUGAUGUUUCUACCCUUACGGGGUUUAAAAAGUUUGCAACCGCUAAUUCUGCUAGAAAGAAGUUUAAUUUGCUAAUCGCUGAAUUCGAAACUACCAUGAGUGAUUUGCAUUUUGCCACGACUAUCGUUAACCAAGAGCAAAGUAGAAUUGAUGCAGAGCGUCUCGACUGUGACCUUAAGAAUAUGUCAAAGUUUAUGGAAACUAUUGGUAAUGGUGUUAUUGAUGCUAAUAAUAAUAUUAACGUCAUUCUUGAAGAAGUUUUAAGUAUAAAACAACAAAUAACUAAUCUGGAGGCUAAUAAAAAGGAGACUAAUAAAAAGGAGAAACAAAAUUUCGUUGCCAAGAAUCUGAAAGUGAACCAUAUAGACCCAACUAAGUUAAAAGAACCUCUGGUUAGAAAGGAAACCGACAGACGAGGUCAGACUGUUAAGAAAAUGUAUGAAGUAAUGGAUGUUGCUUGUAAACACGUGGAGAUUAUAGAGGAUAACACUCCAGAUAGUCAAGUAAUUCAGAGAGAACUUGCUAUAUUAGGAAAAUUAAAAGAUUCUCCUAAUAUUAUCAAAUUUUUUGGUCUUUCAAGAAUAUCCGACUACCAGGUUAUGGUCCUUGAAUGGGCAGAGCUUGGUACACUUAAAGAAUUAUAUGAAAAAUAUGAUAUUGAAUGGCGCCAAAAGGUUCCAAUAGCACUUGACAUCUGUCGCGGUCUCGUGUUCUUGCAUACUUGUGAAAUCCUUCAUCAUGAUAUUAGAUGCGCCAAUAUUCUAAUGACAUCACGACUCGAAGCAAAAAUAGCGAAUUUUAAAUAUUCUCGUCACGAUAAAUCGAAAACAACGGAGGUGAAAGGUUUAACGGAAGUGGUUCGUUGGAUGUCACCGGAAAAGUUGGCCGAAACACAACAGAAACCGGUGCGUUAUACAUUCCAAUGUGAAAUAUAUAGUUUUGGCAUGCUUCUUUGGGAACUCGCGUUUGAAAAACCCCCAUAUAAAAACAUCGAUGUGCAUAAGAUUAAGGAGCACGUUUUAAAUGGUGGUCGAGAAAGGAUUUCUUGGGGUAAGGGUUCUCCAGAUGUCCAAAAGAUUCAGAAAAAAUUCGAAAAAAUCAUAAUUUCAGCCUGGCAACAAGAUGUAUGUCUUAGAGCCUCUCUUCAGGAAAUCUUCUUAAAACUGUCUAAGCUGUCCUCAGAAUAUAUGGAACCAGGCUCUGCCUUCCAACUACUCCCUGAUGGGACAAUAGAUUUAGACGGGUCCAAAUUCAAAAAUCCAUCCAAGAACGAGAAUGUCGAAGAGGUAAUGGAGCUUCCAGAAAUUGGUGAUUUUAGCUUACCAACGAUCAUGCCCCUCGAAGAAGGAAUCAAGGCACAUAAGAAGGGAGAACGAAACGUUGCUUGGAAAUGUUUCGAUGAUCAUUCUAAUUUAGGAAAUACAGCCGCGAAAUAUUGGUUGGGCUAUUACUUACACGAAGGAUAUCCUUCUGGAUUCAGAGAUCUCACUAGGGCACAUCAAUUAUUCAAAGAAGCAGCUGAUGACGGGAUUCCCGAUGCUCAAUUGCGUUAUGCACUUUCGUUACUCAGUACGCCAGGAGUUAAGUUUGACAGAACGAUGUUUACCGAAUACCUUACGAAGGCUGCAGAUGCUGGAAACGCGUCGGCUCAGUAUAAUUUGGGCGAUAUGUACCUAAAUGGGAAAUUACUUUGUCCAAUAGAUAAAGCAACUGGAAUGAAAUACAUAAGAUUAGCUGCUAUUAAGAAUCAUCCUGAAGCCAUAAAACUUCUCGCAAAGGAAGGAAAUAAUUUAUAG